AUGUAUCCCGAAGAGUCUGAGCCAAUCACAGCUCAACAGUACCUGCACCCGAAGCCAACGUCGACAUCGAGCUCCGGCUUCACCUCCCAAAGACUCAGACUCAAGACUACCCGUCGACCAUCCCACCGAGAUCAAAACUCCUUCGACGCGACAAUGGGCGGAGGUGGCAAAGUCCCAUAUCCCAAACAUGUCUGGUCACCAGCUGGUGGCUGGUACGGACAACCACGCAAUUGGAAAGGCAACACCAUGAUUAUGGGCGGGGUCAUUGCAACCAUCACUUUCCUGGCCUGGAGAGUCUCCGCCGCGAGAGAACACAGAUAUAAGUUUCCAGAGCCCGGCAGGUUCUUCCCGAGUCGAUAG